AGGCCGGGCCUGGGUGGCUGCGGUGCUGUGAGGGUUACCCGGUUGAAGGAAUAUCAGCAGAAGAACAGCCCUGGAGCAACUGCAGGAACUAAGAAAAAACGCAAAACUAAGGAAGGCAGCAGACCUGCGACUCCCACCACUGAUGACCAGCAGCCUCCAGAGAAUAUUCAGAACAUUCUGAAGGUGCUGGUGUCAGACCUUAACCGCUCCAAUGGGGUAGCCAUACCCUCAUUGGACAAGAGGAAGGCAUACUUUGACAGUGAUGUUGCCACUCGUAGUGCUGAACAGCUUGCUCCUGAUGUCCCUGUGCUAUCUAACAGCAACAGCCUCCCUAGUUGUGGUUCUGUUCUGCCUGCUCCUGAGAGCAUGCAGCUGACACAGAUGAAUGAAACUGAAGAUCAUAAAAAUGCUUUGGAUGAGAACAGGUCUUUCUCGUCAACAGAGGGUCUCCGUCAGUUGUCUGAACAACUCAAUGGCCUGGUUUCCCAGUCUACAUCAUAUGUGAAUGGAGAAAGUGCUGUUUCUUCCACAAAUAUUAAGGAAAUGGAAACACGUUACCAGGAGCUGGCAGUAGCCCUGGAUUCCAGCAAUCUAACUAACAAACAGCUCGUUACAAAGAUAGAGGAAUUGAAACAGCAGAACCAAGAAGCAGUCAAUCAGCUGGAGAAGGAAAAGAAGGAGUUUGAACAGAAAUUUUCUAAAGAGCAAGCAGCACUGAGGGAACAGUUACAGGUUCAUAUCCAGACUAUUGGAAUUCUUGUUUCUGAGAAGUCUGAGUUGCAGACAGCCCUUGGCCAUACUCAGCAAGCUGCACGGCAGAAAUCAGGAGAAGCUGAAAGCCUUGCUGCCCGUUUACAUUCCUCUCGCCAGCGAGUCUCAGAGCUGGAGCGCACUUUGUCCUCCAUCUCCAUGCAGCAAAAGCAGUCAGAGAAGCAUAAUAAAGAGUUAGUGAAGGAGCGAGACAACCUGAAACUGGAACUGUACAAACGAAGCAAAAGUAGUGAGGAAAUAAAACAGCAGAAUUCAGAGCUGUCAGAGAAAGUUCACUCCCUGGUGUCCCAGAACUCAGCUAUGAAGUUGGAUGUGGAAGAUUUGCAGAAGAAAUUGGAAAUGGCUGAACUGAUGAUUCAACAGUUCUCGAGCCAGGGAGGGAGUCUGGAUGCAAACCAGCAGCUGCAGAUGGCUCUGGAGGAGAGGGCAAGCCUGGAAACCCAGGUAGCUCAGCUCUCAGAGUCACUUCACCAGCUGCAGGCAGAAAGAGAUCAGUAUGUGGAGAAACUGAAGGAGGAGGGGAGCGCUUGGCAACAGCGGGUGCAGCAGCUCUCUGAGCAGGUCCACACAAUGGCAGAGGAGAAGGAGAAACACAUGGCCAGAAUUCAGGAGCUGGAAGACAAUGUUACAGAGCUGUUAAGCACAUCAGCAGUGAAGCCCAUGGAUAUUGAGCCUCCCUCACUGCCAGGGCCCACAGCAGCUGAGCUCAGUCUGCAGGAGGAGAUCCAGCGGCUGCAGCAGGAGAAGGAGGAGCUGCAUGGGCAGUACCAGGCCCAGGUCCGUGACAACGAGCAGCUGAGCCACCUCAACAGGGAGCAGGAGGAGCGGCUGCUGGAGCUGGAAAAGGCUGUGCAGCGCUACAGUGAGGAGGCUGUGGACAGACAGCAGAUCCUGGAGGACAUGCAGAGUGACAAGGCCACAAUCAGUAGGGCACUGAGCCAGAACCGGGAUCUGAAGGAGCAGCUGGCUGAGCUGCAGAAUGGGUUUGUCAAACUGACAAAUGAAAACAUGGAGGUUACAAGUGCCCUACAGUCAGAGCAACACGUGAAGAAAGAGCUGGCCAAGAAGCUUGGGCAGCUGCAGGAGGACCUGGCAGAGCUCAAAGAGACGCUGGAGCUGAAGACACAGGAGGCCCGUGGCCUGCAGGAGCAGCGGGACCAGUGCUACAGCCACCUGCAGCAGUACACCCUGGCCUUCCAGCAGCUCGCUGCCGAGAAGGAUGAGCUGCACAAGCAGUUCCUGCUUCAGACACAGCUCAUGGAUCGCCUGCAGCAUGAGGAGGUCCAGGGGAAGGUGACAGUGGAAAUGCACCUGAAAGAGCUGCAGCAGACGAAGGAAAGCCUAGAAGCUGUAGCCAAGGAAAACAAAGAGCUGCAGGCCCAGAUCAGUCAGCUGGCAGCAGAAAUGGAUGGCAGGAUUUUGCACCAACUGGAAGAAGGCGAUGAAGCAAUGACUGAAGAAAUCCAAAAACCUUCUCUUGUGAUCCCAGAGAAGUUUGAAAGCCAUGAAGAAAUGGUCACUUUUGUGACCUCUGCCAUGUCCCAAGUGGAGCAGGAACGAGAAGAUCUGAGGAAGCAGCUGGCUGCUCAGAAGCAGCAAUGCAGAACCCUCCUGCAGCAAAUCACAGCUCUUAGGCAGGAGCAGCAACAUCACGUCACGCUGGAUACAGGCUCCAUUAUGGAUACUGUUCCAGUGGAGGUUCAUGAGGCUUUGAAAACUGCCAUGGACAAGCUACAGCUGCGUUUCACAGAGCUGAUGCGUGAGAAGGCAGAUCUGAAGGAGCGUCUGGAGGAGCUGGAGCACCGCUGCAUCCAGCUGUCUGGAGAGACUGACACCAUUGGGGAGUACAUUGCACUGUACCAGAGUCAAAGGGCUAUCCUCAAACAGCGGCACCAGGAGAAAGAAGAGUAUAUCAGCAGGUUGGCCCAGGACAAGGAAGAGAUGAAGAUGAAACUACUGGAACUGCAGGACUUAGUGAUGCGCCUGGUGAGGGAAAGAAAUGAAUGGUACAGCAAGUAUGUAGCAGCUGCUCAGAACCCAGAGUUGUUGGCGAGCCAGACUGAAGGUGUGCUUCCAGCAGAAAGGCGCAUUGAGCUGAAUGCCACUGAUGGAGCAGGGUUACGAGAGGUGAAUCUGUCAGAUGAAGCAGAGCAAGAGGCUGCUGUUCAUCAAUCCGGUUUCCCCCCUGCUGACAGCAAAGCUGCUCAGCCAAACCAAGAGGACCCCACAGCAAAGCAAAUAAUGCAGCUUCUCAGAGAAAUCCAGAACCCUCAGGAGAGGCUGGGCUCCCUGCUGGAAAACCCGUGCAUUCCCUUCUUCUACCGUGCUGAUGAGAACGAUGAGGUCAAAAUCAUGGUAGUUUAAGUGGUGCUAUGUCUUACUGACAGCAGCUUUCUGUGGGCCUGAAAGGACUUGAUGGACUUGUACCUGCCCAUACCUCUGCUCAGUGCCCUUGGUGAGAACAGGUUCCUAAAGACAUCAGUAAAGAGAGAUUGUAUCAAAUGGAAUUCAAGCAUCAGACCUCAUCUUCUCUUUCUCUUUGUUCUGUUACUUGCUGUGCUUGGAGUACAGGCAGACUCUUAACUCAUCCUGGGAGACAGCUGGUGCUGCCACAUCACCUAGGCUAGGCCCAGACUGGGGGCAAAUGGAGUCCAUGACUUGGCAAAAUGACUUAAUCCCUUGUCCCAGACUCUGCUACCACAGGAGCUUCACAUGGUUCUGAUCCAUCACUCAUGCCUGUCAGCCCAGUUCUUCCAGGGCUCCCAAAGUAACUAACUGUUCUGGUAAUGGACUCUUUGGACUCUCAGCAGCUUGGGUUUGUUUUCAUACUACGUAUCCUGAACUCCCCCUUCCUGCUGUAGCCCUGCCUCUUGCACCUGUAUUUCAGAACAGGACCCCUGCAAGCGGCUCCUGGGCAGCACAGCCUGUUCUCAUUGCCAGGGGAAGGGACCGAUGGGAACAUUGAGGAGUCUUUUGGUUACUUGACAAAGCUUUAUGUGAUUCUUGGGAGUGGGGUGGAAAUGUAACUGCACUUUGAAGGAUGAUGUGUUUCACUUGUAUGUGUCUGAAGGUUUUAUUUAUUUUAAGAAAUGGGAGAAAUAAGUAAAAGGAAACCACUUAAUAAACAUGCUUCAUUUUGAA